ACGACGUGCUAGAGAAGGCGGCAGACGUGCUGGAGUUACUUGCAAAGGAUGACGCUGAAGUGCGGAGGGUUGUUGCAGUGGAUGCUGGAGCGCUUCAUGUGUUGGUGAGCCAUAUGACCAGCAAAAGCGGCUUCGUGCAGCAGCGGGUUGUCACGCUGAUGGCGGCACUGACACGGGAUGCAACAUCCCGGCAGGCGGUGGCGAGGGCGCCAGGGUUCUUGCAGGGGCUGACGACGAUUUUGAAGCACAGGGGUGCACCUCGCUGGCUCGUGUUGGAGGCGCUGCGGGUUGUUGGGGCCGAUGAAGCCGUCGGCAAGGAGCUUCUCAAGGUGCCUGACUUGGUGCAUGUGUUGGUGGACAAGUUAGAUAAGCAACCGUCUGAAGCAGUGAUCCUAACAGCAGCAGGGGUUCUGCAGAGCAUCACAGGGGACUUGGAGACGGGCAAGCGCAUAGCGAGCACGCCGGAAGGCCUCAAGAGGCUGGCCAAACUCCUGAAGAGUGGAUCGGGCCGCUUGCGCAAGGUGGCCGCCGACAUCUUCUCCCAAUUGGCUGUUGACGCCGAGCUCGGGAAGGCGAUCGCGGAGGAACCGGGGGCCAUAGAGCAGCUGGUGGUUGUUCUGGGCAUUGGGGGGGCGGAUGGGGCGCAGGAGUCGGCGGCGUUGGUGUUGCACAGGUUGGCGUGGGAUCUCGAGUGCCGGCCCCUCAUCGGCGCCGCACCCGGGUGUCUGCAAAAGCUCUUCCGCCUCUUCAAGGGUCCCGGGGAAUACGUGCAGAUCGCAGCUGGCGAGGCGCUGUGGUGCACGGCUAGCGGCAACGGGAACACGGAUGCUGUUUGGGCACGGUCCGGGGUUCUGCAGGAGUUGGUAGGGCUUCUGGGCAAGAAGUGCACCGACGUCCAGCGGGCCAUCUCUGCAAGGAUCCUGCACAAUCUGGCCCGUGGUGACAAGGAGAAGGCCCGGGCCAUCGCGGCAACGCCGGGCUGCUUGGAAGGGCUGUUCGGCCUGCUGGAGUGCAGCGAGAGCGAGGUGGCGGAGUGGGGGCUGAGAGCGCUCUGGGAACUGGUGGCAGACCCCGAGACGCGGGCGGCGGUCUUAGGGAAGCCGGGCCUCCUGCAAACGCUCGUCGGGUUUUUGGAUCCGGAGGCAUUUGACGAGUCGAUGCUGGACGUCUCGCCGCACAUCCUGCAAGAGUUUCUGGCGGCUGAUGUGAAGAACCGGGAAGCGUUUCUGUCCAUUCCGGGGAGCCUGGAGAAGCUGGUGCGCGUGUUGGGGACCGAGGUGCCGGAGGCUGCCACGUGGCUGCUCAUUGACCUGGCGGGAGAUCUGGCGGUGCGGAGGAAGAUUGCGGGGAUCCCUGGGGCUCUGCAAAACUUCGUGGAGCUCCUGAAACAGCACUGGAUGCGGGAAGUUGCGCUGGAGGCCCUUCUCAUUUUCGCGGAAGAUGAGGAGAUUCGGCGGGGAAUCGCUGCGGUGCCGCGGUGCUUGGAGACGCUGCGAACGCUGGCGAGUCUGCCGGCUGCGGAGAUCCAGGAGGGAGAAGAUCCCGGGCUGAGAGAACUAGCGGCGGGGGUUUUGCGGAGUUUGAAGGUGACAGAAACGGAAGGGAACGGGCCCUCGGCCGGGAAGGCAGAAGGGGCAGGAAGCGAGACUGGAGCCGGGAGUGGGGAGGGGGUGAAAGCUGGGGAAGCGGGAGUGAGCGAGGGAGCCGAGAAUGGGGUGCGGGGCGAAAGUGAGGAGCGGGGACAAAAUGGGGAGGCGGAACUGAACGGAAAGGGGCUGCGAGAGAAGAGGUGCAAGCGAGCGGGGAACCGGUGCAAGGGGAAAGGAGCAGGAUGUGAGGAGUGCGGGGGUGCGAUCGUCAUGAUGCCGUGCGGCACUCUGCUGCCGCCGGUCUGGUUGCUUGCGACGUCAGCCGUGACGUCAGCGGGUCGGACCGUCACUAAAAGGUUUGGAGCGACGGGUCUGGGACUUGCGAGGAGAAGGGGUGCUAGGCGGCACCUCUUGAGGUGUAGGAGAUUGUGGAGAAGGGCGGCCCCAGGCGAGAGAGUCGUUCGGCUGCAAAGGUUUAAGCAGCGGCCUCGAGGAGUGUGCGGUUAA